AUGCCAAAUAGUGAGAAACCAUUUUCAUGCCCAGUUUGUCUUCGGCCAUUCUCUCAGAGUUCAUCUCUUGUAACACAUAAAAGGACACACACUGGUGAAAAACCAUAUCCAUGUAAUCAAUGCGACAAAGCAUUCACUGAUAGUUCCACCCGCACAAAGCAUUUACGAACUCACACAGGCCAAAAGCCAUAUCAGUGUCAUUUAUGCUUAAUGCGAUUCACUCAAUCUGGCAACCUCCAUCGCCACAUUAAAACCCAUCGAGAUGAAAAUUUAUGCGAAGACAAUAAUAAAUAA